AUGAAACAGGAGCUCCCGAUAGCCGAGCUUGAACAGUCCGCUGGUGAUUCUACCAGAAUGAAACCCGAAGAAGGGUUUACUCUUGUUCGCCGCCGUCGACUUAUACUGGAGGAAGAAUCCGAGGAAGAAUUCUAUGUGCAGGAGGUUCCCUCGCCUUCUCCCCCGAUCCAACCUGAUGUUGAGAUCCCUGUAGCGGGAGUCAAGGCUCGGGGUCGCCUUGCUACGGUGUCGGCAAUCUCACGUAGCAGAGCAGCUCGAGGCAAAAGAAGCAAACUGAAAGGGGAUCAUUCCCAUGGCUCUUUGCGAAUGACGGUACGGUCUGCUAGUCAGCAUAAGCUCCGAACCUUGGCUGCAAAGGGCACUAGCAUUGAAGCAGCCAAAGGGCAGGGUAGAGUAACUGGAAAAAAGGGGAGGGGAGGUGAGACUUUGGCACCAGUAGUGGAGGGAAGCGAGGGAGAUGGGGAAGGGAAAGAGGCUGCUACCUUAGCGUCAUCUCCAAGGGCUCCUCCUGCAGAGGAGAAAAUCCCUGUUGUAGUCGGGUUGGAGGAUCCAGACUCGGAGGAAGAGACACACCCUUUUGAGUUGCGCCGUCGACACCCUCAGGAAACCAAGAAACUGCAACGAUUGGCUCAAUCAACUAGGGUGAGUCAAGUGGUGCAGGCCUUUGAGAGUGGGCUAGCCAUGGCAGACCUAGAGCCAAAACCUAAUCUUGGCAAGCCGAAACCCAUUGGGGGAACUACGGGACAGGAAUUGGAAACACUUGUGGAGGAAACCAAUGCUUUUGACGAGUAUGGCUCGAACUUGAGUGACCCAAAAGUGGGGGUUAGAAAAAGGCAGAUUGAGGCGAUGGAAGGGGAUAUGGCGGAGUCUCCUACUCCUAAAAGGCAGUUUAUUGAAGAUGCAGCUGAAGUGGAAUCGGUGGAGGAAGCCAGCCGUGAAUGGCCCCAGCCAGAUAAAUGA